UCUCCUCAAGGUGCCGAGGCCUCACCUCGGCCAGAGCUGAGGGUGAUGCUGCUGGGCAAGAACGGCGCAGCGAAGCGAAUCCUUGGCAACGCCAUCCUGGGGAGAAAAGCCUUCCCCCCGAAGCCCGAGAUCGCCAUCAUCCACCAGUGCCGGGCGAAGAACGGCCUCGCGCUCCGGGAGAGGAACGUCACCGUCCUCGACACGCUGGAGAUCCUCGACACCCUGGACAUGGCCCAGAGACUGAACACGUGCGUGCACUGGGUGGCGCCGGGGCCGCACCUGUUCCUCUACGUGGCGGAGCCCGGGGAGCGGGCGUGCGAGGGCAUGCGCUUCGUCCGGCGCAGUCUGGGCAGAGCCGCGGCGAGAUUCACCGUCGUCGUGUUCGGCGGCGGCGCGCACCGGCGUGAGGAGAGACGCACCGAGGAGGACGUUCGCAAAGAGCUCGCAAAGUGUUUCGUCGGAGGCUACCACAUCUUCGGCGGAGAUCUCAGCGGCAACCCUGGUCAGAUUCGAGCACUGAUGGUGCGAAUGGAUGCUUUUAUGAGUGACCACAUGGGCUACAAGGCUAAAAUAAAUAAGACAUGA